UUAUUAAAUUAAUUUCCAAAAUUAACAUUAAAACUCGUUUAUUUUACAAUUGUGGAAAUAAUUUCAGCGUGAGUGUGUAUAUAAAACUAUAAAUUAUCAUUUCAUUUCUCUCUUUUCGGUUUUCUAAAAGCCAUACUUGGGGGAUUCCGUCUACUGUUCCCCUCUCUCUCUCCUCUCUUUCUCUCUCUAGAAACUCUUAUCCUUACCUUCCGCCGGAAUUUCUCUCUUUCUCGCCGGUUAACCGCUUUUCCGCCGGCGACCUGCUUCCGUAGUCUCGCCGGGAAUUCGUUCGUCGCUUUCUCGCAUUGAUUCAAAUUUUACUUUGUUUUCCACGAAUGCUUUGUGAAUCGGUCGUUUGGAAUCGGCCGAUCUGAGUUUGACUCGAUCAGAGAUGGUUUGAGAGAAUGCAGCAAAUUUGAAAGCUUGUUUGUGAUCGUUCGAGGUUGAGAUCGUGGUCUCGGCUUCGGUAUUUUUGUUUUUUGUAUUUGGAAUUUGGUUCCUCUUUGGCUGCUGCUUUGCUUCUUUCUUCGGCGAAGUGAAAGAAGACGGAGGCCUCAAGAGAAGCACCUCGGAAUGAAAUGGUGGAAGGAAGGGUUUGUUCAUCCAGAGAGGCUAAGUUAGAAUUUCUGAAGCGUAAAAGGCUUCAGCAUAUAAAACCUGAAACAGUGACCAAUACUGUAUGUUUCCCGAACAUAAUGACUAGAAGUGGAGGAGAUGCUCUAAGAGCUUCUUCAUCAUAUGUUAUGAGAUUGCACGGUAAUGCAAGUACAUUUUCUCAAUCUGCUGGUGCUUCAAAUGGGAAGGAUGUCUUUUCAAAGCACACUGUGACCAAGUUUGACACUAAUGAUCUAGAAUGGAUUGAGAAAGUACCUGAGUGUCCUGUAUACCAUCCGAGUAAAGAGGAGUUUGAGGAUCCUUUGGUGUAUCUGCAAAAGAUAGCUCCAGAAGCUUCAAGAUAUGGUAUAUGCAAGAUUGUUUCUCCUUUGAGUGCUUCUGUUCCUGCUGGUAUAGUAUUGAUGAAAGAGAAAGCAGGUUUUAAGUUUACAACUAGAGUACAACCCUUUCGUCUUGCUGAGUGGGACACUGAUGACAAGGUCACUUUUUUCAUGAGUGGGAGAAAUUAUACAUUUCGUGAUUUCGAGAAAGUGGCGAACAAGGUUUUUGCUCGUAGAUAUUGUAGUACUGGAUGUCUUCCUACCACAUACUUGGAAAAGGAAUUUUGGCAUGAAUUAGCUUGUGGAAAGACAGAAAGUGUUGAAUAUGCAUGUGAUGUUGAUGGUAGUGCCUUUUCAUCUUCUCCGGAUGAUCAUCUUGGAAAUAGCAAAUGGAAUCUGAAGAAACUUUCGCGGCUUCCGAAGUCUAUUUUACGGCUUCUAGAAACGAAAAUUCCGGGGGUUACUGAGCCAAUGCUUUACAUCGGAAUGCUAUUUAGUAUGUUUGCUUGGCAUGUGGAGGAUCAUUACCUGUAUAGUAUCAAUUAUCAUCACUGUGGGGCUGCAAAAACUUGGUAUGGGGUUCCUGGUCAUGCAGCUUUGGAUUUCGAAAAGGUGGUCCGGAAGCAUGUAUAUACCAAUGAUAUUCUAUCAACUGAAGGGGAGGAUGGAGCUUUUGAUGUGCUUUUGGGGAAAACAACUCUGUUUCCUCCAAACAUUUUGGUAGAACAUGAUGUCCCUGUCUACAAGGCUGUGCAGAAGCCCGGGGAAUUUGUGAUCACUUUUCCUAGAGCAUAUCAUGCAGGGUUUAGUCAUGGUUUUAAUUGUGGUGAGGCCGUGAACUUCGCAAUUGGUGAUUGGUUUCCUUUGGGCUCCAUAGCUAGCCGACGUUACGCACUUCUUAACAGGACUCCUCUCCUUCCUCAUGAGGAACUUCUCUGCAAAGAAGCAAUGAUUCUCCAUAAGAGUUUGGAACUUGAAGAUCCAGAUUAUUCAUUGGCAGACUUGACCUGCCACCGUAGAAUUAAGGUUUCUUUUGUAAAAUUGAUGCGAUUCCAACACCGUGCUCGCUGGUGUCUAUUGAAAUCAAGGGCAUGCAUUGGUGUUUCUCCAAUUUCCCACGGAACUAUUAUCUGCAGCCUAUGCAAACGUGACUGUUAUGUAGCAUACCUUAAUUGCAACUGUUGCUUGCAUCCUUUGUGCCUUCGCCACGAGAUGAAGUCACUUGACUUCCCUUGUGGAGGCAAUCAUAUUCUCUUUUUAAGGGAGGGUAUUUCAGAUAUGGAAUCUGUGGCCAAGAAGUUUGAACAGGAAGAUGAUAUAUUACAUGAGGUUCGACAACACUCUGGAAGUGGUGAUGACUUGUUUCUUCUAUCAUAUAUAUUUCCAAGAGCUGAAAAGGAUGGAUAUAUUCCUUAUUGUGAAAUAAACUUUGAACUGGACCUGGAGAUCACCACAACAGAUGAUCAACCCCGGCAGCCGAAGUGUAGUUCUCACAGCCAGGCUUUAUGGAGCAAAGGUGCAGAAGAUUUUAGACACGAGGCAUCAGAUGCUUCCCAUUCUUGUGCUGCAUCAACACCAAGCUCUUUUAUGGAGCCAUCUGAAAGCUCUUCCAUUCCCAUCACUGUACAGGGGCAUGCUAACUCUAGUUUAGGAAAUCUUUUAUCUAAAGAGAUACCCUCCCACAAGUAUGAAUCUCCGCUUCUCUCUCUCAGUGAUGACUGUUUUGGUACCCAUCAGUGUAAUCAUCAAACGUCAGACAUUAGGGCUGUUGUGGUUCAAGAGAGUGAUGAUUCUGAUUCAGAAAUAUUCAGGGUUAAACGACGUUCUUCUGUGAAGGUGCAGCAAAGAAGUGUGAAUGAUGCCGUUUUGCCAAAUUACGAAAUCCAGGGGCUUAAACGACUAAAGAAACUCCAAUCUGUAGGAAGAUGUGGACAAUUGGUGUCAUCAGAUUGUUCCACGACCGGAGAUGUAGGCCGUGAUUUUCGUCCCAUUGUAGCUCAUUCUAAACAAAGUCCAGAUGGUAAUUCAAGGGACAGGUUUGGCAGAGGAACCACUGUUCCUACCCCUGUUAAGUUGAGGAAAAUGGGCAGUGAGGAAGCAGGUGGUAAGCAUUCACAACUCCACAGAGACAAUAGAUUCCGCCACGAGUUUGGAAAGACGAUGAGAGAAGCACCCUCUAUAGAAAUUGGGCCAAAGCGACUCAAAGUCAGAGGUCCAUCAUUUAUAGGGACCCAAAGUCAGAGGUCCAUCAUUUAUAGGGACUGACAGCAGGUUUGAUUGAUUAUAGAAUUGGAGACCAACGAGAAAUUUGGUUGGGCUGCAUAUGGAGCAUUCUCUAGUGCCUGACUUUGCUAACUUAAUUUUCUCUAAUGCGGUUCUAACUACACGGACAAUCUGAAAAUUUCAUUCUGGUAGCAGCGGCGACAAUUGACCAAGUUUAGAUGAAUAUUAUUACAUUCUUUGUGCAGGCCUCAAAUUGGGGCAACUCGCACGGAUGGUGAUUCUUGGGUUCUCUGGCUGGGGUGUUUUUCCGUCAUUGGCAGGAGAAUCUUGAUGCAAGCAGAAAGUAGAUUUUGCAUUAGUGACUUAGAUGUAAAUUUAUUUUUUUUUAACCUGACCGUCACAAUUCUUGUGAGGAAGCGGGUUAUUCCAGUUGCCUCAUUUCAUUUCAAGCCUGCUGCUUCCUUUGCUAGGGUUCUUCAUUCUUUUUGUAGCUACAGGUACUUGUACCUUGGACUACUUGAAUAAAAGUUUAAGAGAAAUUCCUUUUUUCUCCCCCAA